AUGUUGACACUAACUCUCCUCGAUAUCUGCAUCAUUACUGGACUCACGCCGGCGGUUCCUGUGGUAGUUGACGUCAAUUUGGAGCACCCGGGUGCAACAGGUCUGGCAUCCAAUCAAGAGAACCAAUUUUGCCGGAUAAUGGAUUCAGUCAGAGAUACUGAUUCUGCUACCCAACACAGGACUUUCUUAGCCUUUUGGCUCAAUCGGUACGUGUUCUGCUCUAAAUCCUUGCAGAUGACUAUGAAUUUCUAUCACCUGGCUCGUGUACUUGCUACCGGCAAACAAGUAGACCUCGCAUCGGCUCUGUUGGGUGGUUUUUAUAGAAGCAUGUUUGAACCCAGGCAGCAUUCUGAGCAUACUUUAAGUGGUCCUUUGUGGUUGUUAAUUCUGUGGCUUGAAAUGUAUUUCCCAGCCCUUAGAUCCAGCUACUCAGAAAUAGCGGGCCGCAACCAACCCUUAUGUUAUAAAAUUACCUCUUUUGAGGAAAACAAAAUGUCCACUCAUGAUGUUGUGGGCAUCUUCCUAGAGGUUGAGCCUGACAUUUCUGUUGUCCAUUGGUUGCUUGAUACUGAUUAUUACCACCGAUGUUUUGGAUUAAUCUUUGAGGCUGAGACCCGAUUUGGUCACUGGGAUGAGUCUGGCACCACUGGCAUGAGGAGAUCAGAUGUUGAUGAUGUUGUUUCUCGGCUCCCACCUAUGCUGUCUACUCCUACUCCAUCGGCUUCAACCAAACAGACUAGGUCUCCAAGUUCCAAUCUUCUCUCACCAGCGGCACUACGUGCUAGGUUGGCAAGCCUUAAAACAGGUGCCCCCAGAGCAUCAAUGAGCCCCCUUGCAGGCGCUUCCGUCACCAAGCUGUCUAAAAAGAUAAUCAAUACCCCAGUUGGCCAAGUGUUUGCUACCCAAUCUCAUCAGAUCAAGAAGGACCUUGAAGCUCUUAUGUUUGGGGGCAUGACCAGCCUCACCGCCGAAAUUAUAAAUGAGUUCCUUGCUAAGUUCAAUGACCUACAAAAGCAAUACAUCUCCAACUCGGACAUCCGGAAGAAUCUACCCAUCUAUGAAGCUAACUUAGCCAAAAGCCAAGAACGAGUUCAGACUUGUGCUCAGCAGAUGGAACCAGCUGAAAAAGAAUAG